GACUUUGUGGUCACGACCAAUGCCAAAACUCCGUCCGAAGUGGAUGAGGCAUCCGACAGAAGUUCCAUCGAUGCCAGAAACCCUUUCAAAGAUCCCAAGGUCGCCGAAUAUUACCGCAAUCUGUAUGAAGAAGCACAUUAUGAAUCUCGCGAAGCCUUCGAUCCGGACAUUGAAUGGACGGCUGCAGAGGAGAGGGGUCUUGUUCGACGACUGGACUGGCACGUUUGUCUCUGGGCUUGUGUCAUGUUCUUUGCCUUACAGCUCGAUCGAGGUAAUAUCUCGCAGGCGCUGUCUGACAAUAUGCUUGACGACCUUAAUCUCACCACCAAUGAGUACAACUAUGGUCAAACUUUGUUCAAACUGUCUUUCAUGGCUGCUGAGGUGCCUUCUCAACUCAUCUCUAAGAAGCUAGGGCCAGACAGAUGGAUUCCUAUGCAGAUGAUGCUUUGGUCUGCAGUCGCUGCCGCACAAGCCGGCCUCAAUGGCCGAUCCAGCUUCUACGUCUGUCGCUGCCUUAUCGGGAUCCUCGAAGGUGGUUUCAUUCCUGAUCUUGUGCUCUGGUUGUCGUACUUCUAUACCAGUACUGAGCUGCCAGUUCGAUUGAGUUUCUUCUGGACCGCACUCAACCUGACCACUAUCGUUGCGUCGCUUCUGGCAUUUGGUAUCUUCCACCUUGACAAUGCUCAUGGUCUUGCUGGCUGGAGGUGGUUGUUUCUCAUCGAGGCAAUCGCUUCUGUCUUCCUCAUGCCUGCUUCCGCGGUGCAGACCAAGACUUGGUUCCGUCCCAAAGGCUGGUUUACAGAUCGCGAGGUCAAGAUUGUCGUCAAUCGUAUUUUGAGAGAUGAUCCUUCCAAGGGCGACAUGCACAACAGACAAGCAAUAACACCAAAGCGUCUGUGGCAAUCUCUUUCAGACUAUGAUUUNAUCUACGCGCUUGGCUUGGUCGUCUUCAUCCCACCUACUCCGAUCACCAACUAUCUGAGUUUAACCCUCAGACACCUUGGUUUCAGCACGUUCAACACCAAUCUCCUUACCAUUGUGCCUAAUGCAGUCACUAUCAUCACAUUGCUGAGUUUGACCUGGCUCAGUGAAAAGGUCAGAGAACGCUCAUUCAUCGCAGCCAUACAAAAUCUCUGGUUGUUGCCUUGCUUGAUCGCUUUGCGUUGGUGGCCUGGCUCUGGCACAGAUGUUUGGGGUACGUACGCUUUGUUGGUCAUUCUUCUUGGGUACCCGUACUGUCAUGCUAUCCUCGUUGCUUGGACAUCGCGCAACGCAGGUUCAGUCCGCACACGCACCAUCUCUGCCGCCGUCUAUAACAUGUCGGUGCAGGCUGGUGGAGUCAUAGGUUCGAAUCUGUAUCGCGCUGACGAUAAACCUCUAUAUCAUCGCGGUAACAUGCAGAUUGUUGCUGUCAACUGCUUGGCCAUUGCACUGUAUGCCACCGCAAAGGUGUACUAUAUCUUCAGGAACAAGCAGAGGGAGAAGAAGUGGGGAGCUAUGACUCAGGGGCAGAGAAAUGAUUAUAUCAAGAACACCACUGAUCAGGGCAACAAGAGGUUGGACUUUCGCUUUGCGCACUAG